AUGGGCAGCAAAAUACGCAAGAGGGAGCGCGAGGCGGAUCAAAUCGAAAAAGUGGAGGAAGCCCCUGCAAAACGGCGCAGACAAAGUAAUACAGACCAGGUGAAGCUCUCCAAGCUUUACGCAAACCUGGCAGCCGAGGAAGAUGAUGUUCGUCUUGAAGCCGCCAAACAAAUCAUCGUCAACUUUUCGCCCGAAAACAAGCCAUCGGCCAAAGAUGUGGAGGAUGCGCUAGUACGCCUAAUCAAAGGUCUUUGCAGUCAGCGUAAAGCUGCUAGGGUUGGAUUCUCUCUCACGCUGACCGAGUUGUUACGGCAACGUUUUGCAGUAACAAAGGAUGAUGCCGAGGAUUCGCAGCUUGACGCGGCAUCCGUCAUCAAGAUGGUGGAAGAGAAGACCAAGGCUAAAGGCAACGUACCGGGAAAGGAAAAACGGGACCAUACCAUUGGAAAGCUUUUUGGUUUCAAGGCCAUUAUGCAAUCAUCAAUACUCCUUGAACCGGAACUCUCGCUGGACUCCUGGAACAAGCUCUUGGACAAUGUCUAUCGAAUGGCACGCGACAUUCCGUGGUUACGCGAAGAAUGCGGAAUGGUACUGGUCGAAGCAGUGAGGAGUCUGAAAGGUCAACUACAGUAUCGAAAAUGUGCCGAAGAAGUGUUGGAACGACUCAACACGUUCAAGCUUGUCUCCACACCCGAGGGUGUGGCGGUGUGGCUUACCGUCAAAGCACAUUAUCCAGAGGCACUGCCCGAGGGUGUCUGGCACGAUAAAGACCCAUUAGCAAAGAAAGAACGCUCUCGGCUUGCCAAAAUCUUGAAGGAAGACUUCAACAAGAGCGAGUCAGAAGAUGCAAAAGACGAAACCACGAAAACCGGGACUACGAAUCCGAACCCGUCUUUCACCUGGGACCUCGCAUUUGCCGAGAUAUUGCAAAGGGAUGAGCAAACCAAGAGUGAUUCUAAGGACAAGGUUGAGUUUCCACAAUUUUGGAUCGACACUGUAGACAGCAACCUUUUCUCUUCGUCAGCAUCCCACGAACGUAAAGCCUGGGGCUUCAAGUUGCUGAGUAGCAUGAUCACCCGUGUGCCAGGUGGGGCUGUGUCUGCGUUGUUCAGUCCAAAUUUGAUGCGUACCCUCAUCAACCAAAGCAAAAAGGAAGACAGGUUCCUCCAUUCGGCCGCGCUCGCUGCGUUGAGCUCCGUCCAGCUCAGAGUCGAUCAGGAAGAUGGAACAGCCCUCCCUAUUUUUGUUGCAUUGACUUCGAAGCACGGCAGCAUUGAGUUCGACCGCAUCACCAAGACGAAAACGCUCGAGCAAAUCCUCGCAUCGGCAGAUGACAAAAGCUUGAUGAAGAUCGUACGACAUCUCAAGUCACUGAUUCUGCGUCCUGAUUGUGAGGAACAAACAGUUGCAGAUAGCCGCCGGCAGGCCAUUGCCGACCUGCUGUUGAACACAGUCAGACAAUACAAGCGAUACGAAAAGUUCAACGAGAAGACCUUCAAGAAAGAUGUUGCCCAUCGACGGGAAGGUCGCGCCACAGAUGAGCGAAAGUCUAAUUGGCUGCGAGAAAUCUUGGAGGCACUGGUUGAGUGUGCUUAUUUCAUUCCUUCAAAGAGUGCGGAUACUAAGAAGGUGCCUCUUCCCGCUAUCAGUGAUCGGAGUCGGGCAAUGUUCCAAGAGCGCCUAUCAUCUUGUCUGACCAAGUUACUGGAUGUGAAGUUGGGUGCUCGCUCAGAUAUCGCCGUUAUGGUUCUAGACAUGAUAAGAGCCAAGAGCCACAAGUCUGCCAAAUUGGAUCUUGCUUUCAAGGCAGACGCAUCGGUUCUGAGCAAUAUGGACAAGGCGUUGAAUACACUCGACGCCAUCUCUGCGACAGGUUCGAUAGCCGGUAACGAGCUGGCAGCACAAGGCUUUAUGCUCUUGUACUCACUAACGCUCUUGCAAGCCUACAAUGGCGAGGGGGAUGCCGUCAUGAUGCUUGAUGAUCUAGAUGCGUCCUACAAAGCCUUCGAGGCGUCACGAAAGACGUCAUCAAAGAAGAAGAACAAGGUCUCAACUUCGGAUGGUCAAAAUGCCUUUGUCGAGAUUGUACUCUCCUUCUCAGGGAACACACGAACACUAUUCCGUCGAAUCGGAGAAGAAGCAUUUGCUAUCUUCGCAUCAGAGAUUAGUGCUGAAGGACUGCGGUCCUUGACUGAAAUCCUGGAUACUGAAGAGAACCUCGAGGGACAGAAAGAGCUAUUUAAUCAGGGUGAUGAAGACGUUGAGGAGGAAGAUUCAAGUGACGAUGAAGAAGACGACUCAGACGUUGAGAUGGUCGAUGGGGAAGAGUCGAACAGCGACGCUGCCUCUGAAUCUUCUGAUUCGGACUCCGAGGAUGACGACAGCGACGCAAGCGACGACGAUGAAGAGGGUGAAGAAGAUGCAGAGUUGACUCAAUUCAACAACAUGCUGGCCUUGACUCUUCAGACGUCGAAGCCGAAUGUGGACGGUGACGCGGCGGAAGAGACAUCCGACGAGUCUGACAUGGACGACGACCAGAUGAUGGCGCUUGACCCACACCUCAGCAAGAUCUUCAAGGAGCGAAGCAAGACAACAAGCAAGAAGAAGGAGCGGGAGGACGCUAAGCAGAACGUGGUUCAAUUUAAGUCGAGAGUCCUGGAUCUGCUUGCCGUGUACAUGGAGAAGCAAUAUUCCAACCCGCUUACUCUGGAAAUUCUCCUCCCAGUACUCCGUCGUACUCGAGCCAACGCAAACAAGCAGACGGCAGACAAAGCGGCCAAGAUGCUGAAGUCCUUCUUCGAUACCCGCACGAAGCGCAAGGCGCCCCUCCCGAAGCCAGAGAACACGGAGGAUGUAUGGGAGCUACUGAAGGGAAUCCACGAAGAGGCGAAGCUAGGGAACGGUGCAAAAGUCCAUGCGGAUGCAUGUGGCUCCGCCAGCUUACACGUAGUAAAAGUGCUUGUCGGUCUCGAGAAAGCAAACUAUGCUGAGCUCCAUCCACCAGGACCAACACAGUCUGUAUACCGGGAAGACUGCACGCAGUGCUUUGACUCGAUCGAUGACCCUACCGGCCUUGAUGUGUGCCUCUACUGUUUCAACGGUGGAUGUACGAGCGAUCGAAACCAUGCUCUCCUCCAUGUUUCCUCUACAAACCAUCCACUUGUCCUGAACAUCAAGCGCACACGUAAGAGGGUCACGCGCGAUGAGCCUCCUCAAAAGAUGACGAAGCUCGCCGUUGCAGCUGAAACCGAGUCUGACCGGUACGAUACCACGACCCAAGUCAAAUGCUAUGAGUGCGGCGUCGACAACGUAGACAAGAGCUCAGGAAAGCUUCCGGAUAUCGUAGACGCAGUUCUCAAGGCGAACACAUUUGCGAAGCAGCAGGAAGUGAAGGCAUGGGAGCAAGAGUUGACCGCUUGCGAACACACACUCUGCUUGGAACAGCAGGCAGCGCGACAGAUAGAGUCUCAAAGCUUGGGUCAUUGUUCCGAGUGUGAGCUCAAUGAAAACCUUUGGCUAUGCUUGACCUGUGGCAAUUUGGGUUGUGGCCGUCAGCAAUUUGGUGGCGUUGGUGGCAAUUCACACGGCGUUGGACACACAAAGUCGACCGGUCAUCCGGUCGCAGUCAAGCUCGGAUCUCUCACCGCGGAUGGUACGGCCGAUAUCUACUGCUACGCUUGUGACGAAGAGCGCAUAGAUCCUGAGCUGCCUGACCAUCUAGCACACUGGGGUAUCAACAUCAAAGAUAGGGUCAAGACAGAGAAGAGUCUUACGGAGAUGCAGGUCGAGCAGAAUUUGCGAUGGGAUUUUGCUAUGGUGACUGAAGACGGCAAAGAGCUACAGCCAUUAUUCGGACCAAACUUCACAGGCUUGAAGAACUUGGGCAACAGUUGCUACCUUAAUAGUACCCUUCAGGCUUUGUUCUCUAUUCAAGAGUUCAAGGAUCGAUAUUAUCUCCCUAAUGAAGCCCCGCCGCAGACACCGCUACCUGCCGAAGAUCUAGAAACUCAGCUACGCAAGAUCGCCGAUGGAAUGAUCUCAGGUCGGUAUUCAAAGCCGGACAGCGACGUCACUACCAGCGAGCAUAGCCCUGAGGUUCCACACCAGCGCGGCCUUGCGCCUGCCAUGCUCAAACAUCUGAUUGGAAGAGGCCACGCUGAGUUUUCAACUAUGCGACAACAGGAUGCCUUCGAACUACUUUUGCAUAUGCUUCAACUAGUCUCACGUAGUAAGCAUGUUGAGCCUCAUAAGGAUCCAGUCGGCGCUUUCCGCUUUGCCAUGGAGCAACGGCUACAGUGUGUUAGCUGUAAGCGUGUUCGGUACAAGACAGACGAGCAGGAGAAUAUCUCUAUCCCAGUCCCCAUCCGCAGAAUCCCGAAAGACUCGCAGAUGGACAUUACCGAUGGAAACGGCAAAACGGAAGAGAAGGAAGAGUUUGAGCCAGUAUCGCUGAAGGAGUGUCUCGACAUCUUCACGGCUGAAGAAUUGGUUGAGCUUACUUGCGGUGCGUGUGGCAGCAAGGAUGGAUUCACGAAGAGGAGCAUGUUCAAGACUUUCCCUUCAGUAUUGGCUGUCAACGCCAGGCGCUUCGAACUGGUCAACUGGGUGCCCACCAAGCAAGAUGUUCCCGUUAUUGUCAACGAUGAACCGUUCUCUUUCGACGCCUACAAGUCAAAGGGAUUGAGCAAAGGUGAGGAGCUUCUUCCAGAAGACGCAGACACAGGGGCGGCUGGAGGUUCAAAAUGGUCGCCCAACGAAGCUGCACUAUCGAUGCUCGAAGCCAUGGGUUUCCCUAGGGUCAGAUGUGAGAAGGCUCUGCAUGCCACUGGUAAUGAAGAUGCUGAAGCAGCAACGACUUGGCUAUUCUCACAUAUGGAAGAUCCAGAUAUCGAUGAUCCUGUCGACUUCAAUGCUGGUUCUGGCGGAGGCGCGGCUGCUGCAUCUGUUCUUGACCCUGAGAAGAUUGAGAACCUAGGGGCCAUGGGAUUCAAUGCUUCCCAAGCACGUCAGGCUUUGAAGGAAACAGGUGGUGAUAUGGAGCGUGCUGUCGACUGGCUGUUUAGUCACCCGGAUGCACCCGGCGACUUUGACCAAGGCGGUGGCUCUGAAGGACCUGCUGAGCCAACAGAGAAGCCAUUGGCUGGUAGCGAGGCGCUGCCUGCAAACUUCCAACUCCAGUCCAUCGUAUGCCACAAGGGUAGCUCGAUACAUGCUGGCCACUAUGUCGCGUUUGUGCGCAAGCAGUUGCCAGAUGAUCAGGCUGCAUCAUGGGUGCUCUUUAACGACGAGAAGGUCGCUAAGGCAGCCGACGUGGAGGAGAUGAAGAAGUUUGCCUAUGUGUAUUUCUUCAGGCCACUGCUCGAUCACUACAACAAGCCACGCAAUGUUGGUUCCAUGUCUAAGACCGAUACCGAUGUCGGUACUGGACUCGUCGGCGCGCCCGCGUGUGGCGAUGUCAUGAAGCUCCAGAUCCGUGUCGACCCUAACAACAACACCAUCAGCGACGUCAAGUUCAAGACCUUCGGCUGCGGUAGCGCGAUCGCUAGCUCAAGUUACCUCACCGAAUUGGUUCGGGGUAUGACACUGGAGGACGCAUCGAGGAUUAAGAACACAGAGAUUGCAAAGGAGCUUUGCCUACCACCUGUAAAGCUACAUUGUUCCAUGCUUGCUGAAGAUGCCAUCAAAUCCGCAAUCUCCAACUACUACACGAAGAACCCCAACGCACGGCAAACAGACCUCGGCGGCAAGUCUGCACCGCUGCCAAAGGUUGAGAUCGAGACCGUUUCCUCUGCAACGGCCUAA